CACCUGCGACGCUCAUUCUUCCCUGAAUUGCCGUGAGUAAGCGUUGGGUUGAAAAAGCGAGCGCGUGUCGUGAAUCGGAAAAUCGAGACAAAGAUAAAGAAAAGUUCAUUAUCACAUGCCAGAAGAACAGCGGAAAAUAAAGCCGUUGAACAAGUGAAAAACGAAAGGGAAAUGUAAAAAAAACAACCACUGGAAUUCACUUUACGCACAAAAAGAACUUUAGAACGCAGCAGGAUGUGGAAAGCGUAGGAAAAAAAGGUAGUAGACAACACGCAACGAAGGCCGGAAAAGGUGGAAAUGACUCGCUAAUUAAUUAGCUAAGUAGGCAAAGGAAAAGCGGCGGAAAAAAGGUGUACCAUCUAAGCCAACAAUAAAUUCCGAUUUGUUGCAAAAUUUAUACCGAGCCAAGGCUUAAAAUGACAUCAUACGCAAAUGACACAACGACAGCAGCAGCAGCAACAACGGCCACAUCGGCCGCAGCAACAUCAUCGGAUGGCGCAGCAGAGGCGGCAACUACAGCUGUCGCCGCCCACCAAUCAGCUGUGGGGGGCGUGGCGCCAUCAGCUGAUACAUCCAAAGUCAAGAGCCGCGACAAUUUGUCCAUUGGCCGCGGCCAAUAUGUCGAUGACGAUGGCAACAGCAGCGAUGGUCGCGAAAAGGCCGACACAACACCGGAAAAUAUCAAGAAAAUCGCCGAAAUCAUUGACAGUCCAGAUGGCACGACCUCGGCCAACUCGCCAAUACCCUCCCCCCGACAUGUCCAGCUCAGGAAUCCAAUGAAUCCCGGCUUCGUGGGCCUCGGCGCAGCAAUCGAUGACUCCUGUGGCAAGUUCUGCCUUGGCAAGCCGCCACCAUCGCCGGCCGAGAAAGCAGCUGCGGCACAAAGCAGAGCGAACCAGCAACAUGGCACUCCGCCAGGCAACAGCAACAGCAGCAACUCCAACCAUAAAUCGGCGGCGGCUGUUGAGGAGGAGAACUCGAGCGAGUCGAACACAACCACAAAGGCAUCGCUGGCCUUCACCAUUGAUCAUUUCGAUGCCUCCGAGAACGAUUCUGCGGCACAGGCGGCGCGCUACAAGAACAUGAUGGAACGUUUCCAGAAUCGUCACAAGCGCGGUGCCUCCAUGUCCAAGCUGGAGACGGAGAAGGAUAACACGACGGCCACAUCGAACAGCGGACGGCAGUCGCAGAGGAGCAGUUUGGAUGCUGGCAGCAGCAUGGCGGACGAUGUCUCCUCCCUGACAGCAGCCACGCCCAGCAGCGAACAGGCGCCACCGGUGCAGGUGAAGAUGCGAGUGCGGGAUCGUAGCGCCUCCCGGGUGCGAGAUGCCUCGAAGCGGCACAGUUGGUCGCCCAGGAGCUCGGCCAACGCGACCGAAGCUGUUGCAGCACCUGCACCCAGACCCGCUAGUCGCUCGAAACUGCCACCUCCGCCGGCGGCGACCAAGGGUACCUCCAACAUGGUGGCCAACCGCACGGCCAAUCAGUUCACACCUCGCUCCACCGCCAUGCAGCUGGCCCUGCGCCAGGUGGAGAUGCUGUGUCCACAGCCACCGCUAGUGGAUGGCAAACCGUCGGCCGAGAACGAUGCAGUCAGCGAGGCAGGCACCUACACCCUCGACGGGGACAACUAUACGGAGGAGCAGAAGGAUCUCAUGAACAUCGAUAGAAAUUUAAAGGAGGCGGCCGCAAAGCAGCGACCCAAGCAAUUGCCAGUUAAGUCCAGUCGUGGCAGCAAUGUCCUCGAGGUCAACUACUACCACGAAACGCCGCUGCAAGAACAGCUGCCACAGCAAUUGCCAGCACAGAGGAGUUCCACAGGUGCCUAUCUGGAUCAACUCAAGAGUCGCGUGCUGCGUCAGCAGGUUCCCCUAUCGCCUCCAACUCCCCCGUCGCCGGCGGCGGAUAUGGGCUGCUUUACCAGUGUGACCACCAGUGGAGUGCUGGCCAAACAGCGCGCCUUGGAUACCCAUCCGAAGCUCAGUCGACACUCGCACAGCUUGUCCACCUCGCAGAUCGACAGCUCCGAGUAUGUUAGCAAUGAGGCUAAACUUAGGCACACGCAAGCCUUGUCCGGAUCGGCCACCGAUCGCCAGAAGGCCGAGUAUCGACUAAAUGUGUUCACCACCAGCAACAAUCAGCAGCACCAGUUGCCGGAUACACCCACCACGCCCACGCAGAGCUCGGAGGCCGCAUUGCUGCAGACGGCACAGACCAAGCAGGAUUGGAUCCAGGAGUGGGCGCGCAAUGCGCGUGCCAGGAGCCUGGCGCAGGAUGUGAGCGGCACGAGCGCCGCUCGCCGGAAGCAGCAACAACAGCAGCAGGCACAAGCGCAGGCACAGCAACUGAUGACGCGCAGCUAUAAUUGCUCCGACACGGGAGGCGAUUCCUUGACGGACGACAGCCUCAGUUUGUACAACCAGCAGCGGCAGUAUGCGGCGGCAGCCAAGCUCAAUCGCAAUCUGGCGGAGCGGUAUCGCCUACUGGGCGACUGUGACUACGCCAGCGAUCCGGCGCUGUGCAGCCAUGGCGGUGGUGGAGGUGGACAGGUGCUGGAACCAGGUUACAAGCCACCAAAGAGUCCCAGCAAGAUACCCUCGCCGCUGCACACGCUGGGACGUGCGCGCAGUGCCAGUCGCUCGCGCCCGUCAACGGAUGCAUACUUGGAGCAAACGGCUGCGGCUAUAAGUAAUCUCCAGCAGUCACUUUCGCGCAGAAGUUCGGUUAAGUCACCGGCUCAGAGCAGUCCGCAGCAUAGUCUGGAAUCGGGAAUGGGUGCCGGAGCUGGCGGUGGCUAUAGACGAUCUCCGCUCCAUCGAGCGCUCAUGACCAGCAGCAUCAAUGAGGCGCAGCUGCAGCUGCUCACCAGUGGCGAGUAUCUGCUGAAGCAAUUGCGUCGCCGGAAAAACUCCCUGGAGUAUGAUCCUAGCCAGGAAGUGGAGCAUGUUGAGCCAGCAGCUGCUCCCUUGUCGCCGCUGCGUCGAUCGAGUAGCUUCCAGCAGCAGCAGGGUCAGCCACCUGUGCGUCAGGCGCGUCCCAAUUUCCAGAACCUCUACACACCGCCUGCUGCCCGUCAUGCCCACGCCUUGAGCACCGUUCACCAGCAGCAGCAGCUUAAGAAAUCCGCCAGCAGCAACAAUUUUGAGCAGGCUUACAGCGACUAUGACAACGAGUUGCAGUAUUAUAUAAACGAUGAGGAUGAAAUGGGCACUACUGGCGCUUACUACUCCAGCAACGAGGAGGAGGAGGCUGUGGAGAAUCACGAAGAUCAGGGCGCCGUGCCGCUAAGUAACACACGCAUGAACAAGGCACUGCUAAUGCGGAUCGAGAGGAGCAAACAGAGGGUGGCUGGAACACAGGCGCCGGCCAAACCAACCUCAGCACCAGCGGGAAAGCUGAGCAUGGCACAAAGCGGUGCUGGUUUGGUGGCCUGCCCAAAUACUCCCGAAAUGCCUCGCCGGGGAAUUAAGAGUGCGCCCCGAGCAGCUCCAGGAUCGGGCAAUCGAGUCGCCCGUCAGUCAAUGCCCAGGGAGACGAGUCUCAGUCGACUGGCACAGCAGGUGCCCAGUUCUCUGGCCAAUGCCAAGAAGCAGCUGCUCCAAACUGCCAAUGCUGGUGUCACCUCCAAUUCGAGGGAUCAGCGUGUUCAGCCCAAAUACAUGGACAUUUCCAAGUACAAGUCGGCGCAAUCCAACAACUUUUUGCGUAAGAACGAUGCCAAGAGCACUCUGAAGCCAGCAGAUCAAAUGAAACGAAGUCCCAGUGCCUCAUCCAUGGGUCUGAGUCGCGGCGAGGGAACGCGAGCCAGUAACCGGAGUGUGCGCAGUGCUGCCUCCGCGAUGAAUACCAGUACAACGUCACUGGGUGGCGGAAAUCCAGGAUCACGAAACUCGUCUGCCAUUCGUCGCGAUGCGUCAGUAAACAAGCAAAAAGAGGCCGAAAUGGCCAUGUGGAAGCGUCGAUCUACCUAUGAUCCCAUGAAGGCAGCAGCCGAGGAUCGCCGCAAGAAGGAGGAAGCGCGACGUGCCCAAAACGAAGCUCAGCGACAGAUCAACGAUGACGUUGAUGAAAUACCUUUCGAAAGACCAUCACGCUCCCACUACCGCCGUGGACAAUUAUGACCAACGGAUGGUGUGCUAGUUACCGAUUUUUGAGUCAUCAACCUACCACUAAACAUUCAGUUGACUAUCUUUCCACGAAACCAAACAAGAAAAAAAAGAAAACCAAAUACUUUCCACUACAAAAACAUGCCACACGAUCUAACAUGGUGCAAGCAGCAGCGGCAGCAGCAGAUUGUAUCACUAGAAUCCAAAUCUAGUGUCAGAUACAAUCGCCGAAUCGAAUCGAAUCGAACAACGAUCAUUUUGAGAACGGAUCUAACUCGCGUAGUAUCCACAAAGAAAAUAAAAAAAACGAUUUUCCAAUGCAACGACAACUAGAAUGAAAUGCUUAGUAACGACAGCCAACCCGAAGCCAAAUGUGGGGCUAUCAUUUGCCAAUUGUGCUGCGCCCAGCCAACAAUAUGACCAUCACGAGCGGAGGCAACAGCUACAGUCCUCGAAACUCCGUGGAAAACGACGCCUGGACGCUUGGUGAAUCCUCCGAGUAUGGUGAAUAUCCCGAUGACUACGAUGAAAACGAUGAGGAGCACGGCGAUGAGGAUAUUGACUACGUUGGCCAGGAAUCCGACGAUGUUUUCGAAACGGAAUCUGGAGAGGCUGCAGUUCAGGGCGCACAGUAGACAACUAGGCAACUAAACAAAACACAAACCAGCAACAGUGAUAAAUAAUUCGAUAUAUACAUAACUCUAUAUAUAUAUAUAUGUAUAACAUAUUGUAUUUCUUAGCGAUUGAUGAAGUAUAUCGCUUAGCCGACAUGAUUUUCCCUUGGCUUGUUCGAACUAUUUAAAUGAAGUUUUGUAUUUUGAAAACAGAAGAUCAUCGAAUAAUGCAAUAAACUGAACACGCUAAGUGAAAAUGUUACUUCAGCUUUGUCCACAUGAUGUAGUGGAAUAUGUUUUUUUAUGUUUAAAAUGUAUUUUAUUGCUGAAAUAUUCAUUUCAUGAGUUAAAUUCGACAAACAAACGAUUGUUUCCAAAAAAAAAAGUUGCAAAAGCUGGAAGGCGUUCUAAAAUUGUACAAACGUAACUUUAUAAACAAAAUAUGCUUUGAAUUGAUAUUCUAGCAUUGUCGACUUUGGUGCAAAUAACUUAAAUAUUAUACGGAAAAAAUACUCAGAUGUGUCCUAGGCUUUGUGAAGAGUUUGAAAUGACUGCAAUCAAGUGCUAAACGAAACAAUGUAAUUUUAAGAAUUGCUUACCCAAAACAUCGGUAAAACUGACCAAGAGGAAUUGAAUUGUUUUGUAAUCUGAGCUAAAAUUUAAAGCCUUCGAGAUCGGCUCUUUCUUUGCCCAAAACACGAUUAUCGGGACUUUGUUUGUUUUUGGUAAGAAUUUGUGGUUACUCAUGAACUCAUGUCUGUAGGUUUUUAUAUACAAUACAUAUAUGCGAACACACGAUGGAAGGUAGCUUACAUAACAAAUUACGAUACUGUCUAGUUUUAUAUAUGCAUACAAUGAGUACACUAGCCGAGUAUUUCUUAUACAGACUAGCUUAGUAAUAUGUAAAAGGAGCAUAUGUGGUAUUCGCUUUUAAACAAACUAAAUUGUUAAAUUAGUUAUUCUUUCAAGCAAACCGAAUACGAUCAGAUGUCGUACUGUGGUGUCGGUGUCCAUAAUUGCAAAACAAACUAACUGCUCGCUGGAUUUUAGUUAAUUUUAAAACAAUUGUAUUCUUGCAGCUGCUUUUCUAAACAAUAACUACAAAUGCCCAAGUCAGCUUAAGCAAUAGACAAUAUACAAUAAACAAAGACUUUUUUUUCUAAACAGCAAAUGUCCAACU